UAGCUGACUAGCAUAGUCGAGCCACGGCUAUUGAACGGAGUGGAUGUUUUUCUCGUUAUCAUCGUCACUGUAGUCACCGUUAGCAUCAUUAAUCGUGUGCUUCACGGAGCCGGGAGGCGUUAUGGAAUCCUGAUAGUGCAUAGGAUACCCUCGUCGAAAGGUGCAGCCAGCGGUUCUCAAUCUUUAGAAGAGAAAUCUUCCUGUGCGAGACACCGCUGUCAUCAUGGAUGGAAGAGAAUGCACCGAGAAGGUGAAAAAUCCCAGAGCGAGCGCCAACAUCUUCAGCGCCUUGACGUUCUCUUGGAUCCUACGCAUUUUCUGGGUGGGUUACCGCAGGGAUCUUGAAGUAACUGAUUUGUACACACCGCUUAAAGAGCAUACAAGUGGUAUUCUUGGUGUUAAAAUAGCGAACGCCUGGGAGAAAGAAUGCGAGGCGUACCAGCGCCGGCUGGAGCAGGUCGCGAGCAGCGGGUCGCAGAAGAAGGUUAAGGAGCCUAGUCUGAUGAGAGUCCUCAUCAGGUGUUUCGGCUUCAAAACUCUGUUGUACGGGAUUGUUUUGGCCGUCACGGAGAUCGUACUCAGAGUGCUGCAACCGCUAUUACUGGGCCAGAUGCUGCGCUACUUUAACACCAUGGAGGUUGACAAGUACUAUGCGUACAUUUACGCCGUCGGCGUGAUUCUAUGCUCCGCUGUCAACGUAUUUGUCAUCCAUCCGUACAUGAUGGGUAUCUUGCACAUGGGCAUGAAGGUUCGCGUGGCCUGCUGCUCGCUCAUUUACCGCAAAACGUUGCGAAUGACCAGGACCGCGCUGGGCGAGACGACAAUCGGUCAGGCGGUUAAUCUGCUGUCCAAUGACGUUAAUAGAUUCGACAUCAGUAUCGUAUUUCUUCAUUACCUGUGGGUCGGGCCCUUGGAGACUAUUAUCCUCACGUAUGUCAUGUAUCACGUGAUCGACGUCGGAGUAUCGUCUGUCAUCGGUGUCGCCUCUCUGCUGAUGUUUAUCCCUUUACAAGCGUGGCUAGGCAAAAAGUCGUCAGUGCUGAGAUUUAGAACCGCCAGCAGGACCGACGAGAGGGUGCGAUUGACGAAUGAGAUUAUCAGCGGAAUCCAAGCCAUUAAGAUGUACACCUGGGAGAAUCCGUUCAGCACGCUUAUAGAAAAAGCAAGAAGGAAGGAAGUUAAUGUUAUUCGGUGGGCGUCAUAUAUUAGAGGUGUCACCAUGUCGUUCAUUAUCUUUACCACGAGGAUGUCGCUGUUCAUUACGGUGCUAGCUUACGUGCUGCUUGGCUCUAAGAUAACGGCCGAGAAAGUGUUCAUCAUAACUGCCUAUUACAACAGUUUACGCACAACUAUGACGGUUUUCUUUCCGCAAGGGAUAACACAGGUAGCGGAAGCGAUGGUAUCCAUAAAACGACUGCAGAAGUUUUUGAUGUAUGAGGAACUGGCAUCUUCUGAGAUCGAAGCGAAUAAAAAUAAUGUGGAAGAGUACAAUGAAGAGGGCGUGAAGGAAAAUAACGAGGACAACGCGAAGGAAAGUAACGAUGAAGAAACUAAGCAAAGUAACAAGGAGAAUACGAAGGAAGAUCUGAUUGAACAGAAGGACGACUUUGCGAUUGUAAACCAGCCGAACUAUAUCGAGCACAGUAUUUCCAUUGAAAAUGGCAGCGCCAAGUGGCUGGACUACGAGCGCCAAGACACCUUACAGAAUAUUAAUAUAAAGGCCCGUCCUGGUGAACUGAUCGCCAUUGUCGGCCAGGUCGGCUCGGGUAAAACCAGCCUGCUGAACGUUAUCCUGAAAGAACUGCGUUUGCAGGAAGGUUCCAUUCAAGUUAACGGCAAGAUUGCUUAUGCCAGUCAAGAACCGUGGCUAUUCGCCGGAUCGGUAAGACAGAACAUUCUAUUUGGACGAAAGAUGGAUCAGAUUCGAUACGAUCGUGUGACUAAAGUGUGUCAGUUAAAAAGGGAUUUCAAUCUGCUGCCUUAUGGAGAUAAGACAAUUGUAGGCGAGAGAGGUAUUAGUCUUUCCGGUGGUCAGCGUGCAAGAAUAAAUUUGGCGAGGGCCGUUUAUGCCGAAACCGAUAUAUAUCUCAUGGAUGAUCCUCUGAGCGCCGUGGACGCCCAUGUGGGUAAACACAUGUUUGAAGAAUGCAUCGACAAAUAUUUACGAGGCAAGACUCGAAUUCUCGUAACUCAUCAGUUGCAGUACUUGCGCAAUGUCAGUAGAAUUAUUGUUCUGAAGGACGGAGCCAUUCAAGCUGAAGGCACUUUUGACGAGUUGGGCUCUAUGGGAGUGGAUUUCGGUCGACUGUUGGAUAACCAAGAGAAAACGGAUGAAAAAACGUCUCAACCUCCUUCGGCUUCCGUUAGCCGUAGCAAUUCGCGUACCGCCAGUAUCACUUCACUGAGUUCUUUUAUGACGAACGAUACUUCGAAACAAGCGGAACCUGAGGAGGUGGCUGAAAUGCGAACAGUAGGCAAUGUUUCUGGGCAAGUGUACACGGGUUACUUCAGAGCUGGCGGCGGCUGGUGCAUUAUAUUCUUAGUGGCGUUGCUUUGUGUAUUUACACAAUUAGCGGCCAGCGGCGGCGACUUCUUUAUCACUAUCUGGGUUAAUAUAGAGGAAAAAUAUAUGAAGCAAACAGACGAUGGUGUUGUGGAAGACUCGAGCAGUCCCUUAACGCGUUUGGAGUGCAUCUACAUCUUUAGCGGGCUAACUCUGUUGACAAUUGUCAUUACUCUGAUUCGCUCGUGGGCCUUCUUCUGGACGUGCAUGCGAGCCUCGAUACGCCUGCACGAUCGUAUGUUCCGUAGCAUCAGUCGCGCUACUAUGCGGUUCUUCAACACCAACACGUCAGGACGUGUGCUCAACCGCUUCUCCAAGGAUAUGGGCGCAGUAGACGAGAUGUUGCCCACCGCGCUUAUUGAUUGUAUCCAGAUUGGUCUGUCGUUGCUGGGCAUUAUUGUCGUCGUCGCCAUCGCGAAUGUGUGGCUACUGAUACCCACAAUGAUUAUCGGCAUCGUCUUUUAUUACUUGAGGAUCUUUUAUUUGGCCACCAGUCGUAGCGUCAAACGUCUCGAAGGCAUCACUCGGUCGCCGGUCUUCGCUCACCUGAGCGCGACUCUUCAGGGACUCCCGACGAUCCGCGCGUUUGGAGCACAAACAAUUCUCACGAAAGAGUUUGACAAUCACCAGGAUCUUCAUUCGUCUGCGUGGUACAUUUUCAUCGCGUCCUCACGCGCCUUCGGUUUCUGGUUGGAUGUUUUUUGUGUGGUGUACAUCACGCUGGUCACAUUGAGUUUUCUCGUGCUGGACAGCUACGGUCGCGGCUCGAUGGACGGCGGAAUGGUGGGCUUGGCGAUUACACAGAGUAUCGGUCUCACCGGUAUGUUCCAGUGGGGCAUGCGCCAGAGUGCCGAGCUAGAAAACCAGAUGACUUCGGUGGAGCGCAUCUUUGAGUACAGCAAAGUGGAGAGUGAGCCGCCUCUGGAGAGCACUCCCGAUAAAAAGCCGAAGUCCGAGUGGCCGCAGGAAGGCAAAAUCGAGUUUAAAAACGUGUUUCUACGCUACGCACCGCUGGAGCCGCCGGUGCUCAAGGGUCUCAACUUCGUCAUUUUCCCGCGGGAGAAAAUCGGCAUCGUCGGCAGGACCGGCGCUGGCAAGUCAUCCCUGAUCCAAGCGCUUUUCCGCCUGGCCGAUGUGGACGGCCUAAUCGAAAUCGACAAAAUCGACACGAGCCAGAUCGGCCUGCACGACCUACGCUCCAAGAUCAGUAUCAUCCCGCAGGAACCGUUCCUAUUCUCCGGCAGUUUGAGACGAAACCUCGAUCCGUUCGACAUGUACACGGACGACCCGCUGUGGCGGGCGCUUGAGGAGGUCGAGCUAAAGGAAAUCGGUCUGGAGGCCCACAUCAACGAGGGUGGCUCCAAUCUCAGUGUCGGCCAGCGACAGUUAGUCUGCCUGGCGCGCGCCAUUGUCAGGAAUAAUCCGAUACUCGUGCUGGACGAGGCGACCGCGAACGUGGACCCACGAACAGACGAGCUGAUCCAGACGACGAUCAGGAAUAAGUUCGAGAAGUGUACAGUGCUAACGAUCGCCCAUCGACUCAACACCGUCAUGGACAGCGAUCGCAUCCUAGUAAUGGACGCCGGUAGAGUAAUGGAAUUCGAUCAUCCCCACGUGCUGCUGCAGAAGGAGACGAGCUAUCUGAAGAGUAUGGUUCAGGAGACCGGCAAGGCGAUGGCGGAUGCUCUGGCUGCGGUCGCUCGCGACUGCUAUCAGAAUCGUGCGUUCACGGCACUCUGAUAGGUCCUCGUUAAUUUUCCGCAAUUUUGCGUCCGAUAGACACCGUCAAAGUUCGGAACAUCGAUGCGCGAACGAUCAAACGUCAUAGAGCAUCUCGUAAUGGUUAGCGCCUCUCGCAGUUUAAUUGAUGCUAAGGCACUCUGCAUAGAACUACCAGUAUCCUAAGAUGUUUGAUCGAAAUUUCAGAGCGUCAAGCAUCCGUCCAGUCGGAUAUGUUCUCAGUUCUCGUUGCAUAUUUCAUUAAUCAUUAUUUACUGCAGUUAACACACGAUUUGUAAUUUUCUACACGUCUUUUCAUAAUGUCGUUCAUGAUGGAUCAGCGCAACAGCGACUCAUAUACAUGAGCAUCUGAAGAACAUUUACAAUCUUUUUGUACGAAAUCAAGAAAGAAUCAACGAACUUGGAGCAUAUAAAUAUUAUAAAAGAUUUGGGAUUUACGAAUUCAAAAAUUCUAAGGAUCUAAAUAUUACGGAGAUUUAAGGAAGCGAGACUACUCGGGAUCGUCAAGAGAACUGGUGUAGAAUUGGCGAAACUUUCAGCGAAAUAAUUGAUUAAUAAUCGUUUUCACUGUGAGCUCCAUACAGUUCCAUCCCGCUGAUCUUUAAUUUUUAAUAAUCGAAUUCUCUUGUCACAUCGAUGUAACGCGUGAUUAUCGUUCAAUGUAUGUCGGUGCAGCGAGCGAUCAGGAAAUCUAAAGCUCGCGUAGAUCGCGGCGCAAAUCGUAGUUACAGUAUUAUUAUUACGUCAUAUUUGUAUCAGCCUGACCCAGAUGUUUCAUCAGAAAGAAUGAAGCUUAACCCGUUGGAUCACCGAUGUCUCUUAUGGCAGCGAACUGCCAUAAAUACUUUUAAGGAAGGAUGUACAUAUAUACAUGUGUGUAUAUUAAUUAUUUUGAAAAUAUGUAUAAAAUGGAAAAUAUGUAUAAAAUGGAUCCUUAAAGUCUGAGAUCCCAAAAUCGUACAAUUUCUAAAUAAUUGUAAAUAUUUAAAAAAACCUAAAGUUUUAUAUCGCUAUUUGUAAAACUGAGAAAAUUUUAAACUUGUAAAAAUAUUUGUGUGAUUUAGUUAAUUUUAUUCAAUUUAGAAGAAAUUAUUCUCAAGAAUACUGAUGGCAGGAUCGGUGAACCAACGGGCCGAGAGAAUUGUACUUAAAGUAAGAUAAAGUGCAAGAAAAAGGAUUUUUAUACUCUUAUUUGUAUAUUCCGAUAAAUAGAUAUAAAGGAUGUCCAGCAAAAAACGAGUCGUAACAGUUGCAAUCUCGUUUUGUCUCGGAUAUCGUAUCCGUGAUUUGCAAUGCAAUGUUCCUUCUGUCGCACUGUGCUAUAAGUACAAGCAAGACCAAAAAAGGAGAGGUGCCUCUGUUCUAGAUUUAAAAGCCAAAACUUAAGCGAUAAUACUUAAAUGGAAAGUGUGCUGCGACAUUAUUUUCUAUUAUCGUUCUCUAAGGUAAAUAUUUAUGUAAAUUCACGCCUUGUUGUAAAGAAUUCCUUCGAGAAUAACUUUGUUAUAACUAUCAGGUGUUUCUUAUAGUUUCUGAUAGAUUUAAUACAAACAGAUGUCUAAAUAAGUAAUACAAUUAGAUCGCUAAUCGUCACCAAGAUAUUCAGUUAAUACAGUUUGUACUGCUAUAUAAUGUGAAAAUAAUAUUUUAUUUAAUAUUAUAAAUAAUCUUUUUUUUGUAACAACAAAGCUAAUAUCUCAAAAACUGGACGCGGUCUCUAUAAAACUCAAAGUAUGUAAUUUAGGAUUUUACUCUUUACAAUAUAGGUUUGUUCUUGGUAGCUGCACUGCCAUACUGGUGCGAUAAGUUAGAAUGAGAAAAAAUACAUUUGUCUUAUUUUAUUGCACCAAUGCAGCAGUGCAGUGACAAAGAAAACCUUAUAUGUCAAGAUCUCGUUGGAAAGAGGUGUAAGUUUUUACAAAUAUUUAUCUUUUUUUAUUAUAGUAUUGUUAUUAUUAAAAUGGUGAGGCGCAUUGUACUCGAUUUUCGUGUAAAUACUGCAAAAUCAAAAAGUAGCGAAAUUAUCGAAGUUAACUUAAAUGCCUUUCUCGAAAAGAUUGCAUUUUAUAUUUUUCGAGAAUUUUUCGCUGGGCCUAGAAAGAAAACAUGCGAGUAUUCUCGACCAUUGAGAACAACUUUGAAACAAAUGGAAAGAAAUCAUUCUUGAAAGUUAGAUAUUAAACUAAAUAAAGAUAUUUGUAUCCGUGACUACUUCCUCGGAGUA